AUGUAUCUGAUUGUGGUCGAUUACUUCUCCAGAUAUGCUGAAAUAGCUAAGCUGUCCUCGACAACCUCAACUAGCAUCAUCAACAAUCUGAAGUCGAUAUUCUCAAGACAUGGAAUACCGGAAACAGUUAUUUCUGACAACGGGCCUCAGUAUGCAUCAGCAGAAUUUCGAGAGUUCGCCAGCAAGUACAACUUCAGUCACGUGACCAGCAGUCCGUUGUACGCAAGAAGCAACGGCGAAGCAGAGCGUGCGGUGCAAUCAUGUAAAAACAUUUUGCGGAAAGCUGAAGACCCUCAUCUUGCUAUGUUGGUAUAUAGAACAACCCCUCUCACAGGCAGAUUAUCUCCAAGUGAACUGUUGAUGGGCAGAAAACUGCGAACAUGUUUGCCGAAACAUCCGAUUCAGUUACAGCCGACAAGUGUUAACCACGAGCACUUUCAAGACCUCGACUCAAAACAGAAGUUGGCGACAAAACACAACCAUGAUCUACGACACAGAGUGAAAACACUCCAACAGUUGAAUCCAGGAGACUCUGUCUGGUUGAACAAAUCAGAGAGCAAAGUUGUUCGGAAAGCAGAUGCCCCCAGAUGCUACAUCGUGAACACACCAAAUGGGGAAGUACGGAGAAACCGAUCAGAUCUACGCAAGAUUCCAACACCGGAAACCUCAAGAGACAAAGUUUGUGACUCUGAGUUCAACCAAAAUACGGACUGCAACAUCACACCCCAGUGUCUACCAGGAACACCAAACAGACAAACAGACACUAAAACCAGAGUUGGAAGAAUUUCCAGACCUCCCCAGAGACUUGAUCUCUGA